UAGAUAAAUGUGAGGGAUUUUCUCUCUAAAUCCGUCUCCUGUUCGCUAAAUCUCACUUCUCCAAAACGAGCCUGCGCAAUGGAACAAAGUCGGAAUAUUGAGAUGUGACAUUGCCCGCAUCUCAUCCUCUUUCUCCCUGUUUUUAAUGACUUUAAACAAGUUCAUUUUCGUCGGGCUUUGUCUUGUGGAGACCCGUGGGGAUGUCUAGCGCUUUUUCCUUUCAGUGGCAUUUAUGUGAUGUCUUCAAGAGUGCGAUGUGCUGUAUCUCCUGUAGCCACACCCUCUCACUACUGCUGUGCGUCCUCACCCUGACUCCGACGGCAACAGGGGCGGGCCCUGAGACCCUGUGCGGGGCGGAGCUGGUCGACACGCUGCAGUUUGUCUGUGGAGAGCGAGGCUUUUAUUUCAAUAAACCAACAGGCUAUGGCCCCAGUGCAAGGCGGUCACGUGGCAUCGUGGAUGAGUGCUGCUUCCAAAGCUGUGAGCUGCAGCGCCUUGAGAUGUACUGUGCACCUGUCAAGACUCCCAAGAUUUCUCGCUCUGUGCGUUCACAGCGGCACACAGACAUGCCAAGAACACCCAAGGUUAGUAGCAGAGCGAGCAAGGGGACAGAGCGUAGGACAGCGCCUCAGCCAGACAAGACAAAAAACAAGAAGAGACCUUCACCUGGACAUAGUUCAUCCUUCAAGGAAGUCCACCAGAAAAACUCAAGUCGAGGAAGUUCGGGGGGCAGGAAUUACAGAAUGUAGGGAAGGAGCAAAUGGACAAAUGCCCAGCAACUUGGGAGGAGAGAAGGGAGUGGCCUUACCUGGUACCCCUGUGGAAUGGUUCACUGUAAAACAAAAGAAAGAAGAUGCUAAUAAUGACCUGAAAAGCUCUUCAAAAUGAUUGAAAACAGAGAGCUAGGUGGUGUGUAAGGGUCUGAUGUGGAAAGUUGUGAUUAUUUUAUACACUGCACCAUUCCAUACUGGGAGGAAUUCUUUGUUAAUGCAAUGUAACAGACUAGUUUAGCUGCUAAGACACGAACAAGAGCUUAUUAUACCUCCAUGUGGGAGCUGCAGCCUCCCCAGGCUCCAGGAAAGAUGGGAACGUAUCUGGGCCUCAGCCAAUCAGAGAGCAGCAUGACUGUGGCUCGGUCACAUUUAACAGUUAGUACCCCAGUUCAAAGCUGAUAUAUUACCUUCAGAGUUUGUUUUUAUGCACCAUCCAUUACUGUGGAUAUUUUUAUUAUGUAAAAAAAUAAAUAAAAAAGGUUUGCUUUAAGGACAAAGACCAAGUGGUUCAUCAGAGUUUGAACAUUGUUGUAGGUAUUUUAACUUGAGCCUAAGUCUAAACCUUACUACGAGGAGUCGCUGGAAGGUUUGAGAUCAGUCCAAAUCUCUCUUAAGCCCCAGGAAGUGUUCAAAACCUGAGGACUGAGUCUACAAUCCAAACAUUAUAAAAAGAGCUCAAGCACUAUUAGAGGGGAUUUUAAAGAAAGUAGGUAGUACAGAAGGUACUACAAAAACAAGACUGGGAUUUUUCACAUUUUCCAAAACAGAAAAACAAAUUAACCAGAAGCUAAAACUGAGUUCUCGUUUGGCCCUCAGAAGCGUGUCCUUCGGUGAAGUCAAAGUGCAUUUGGCAAACUGAAGCGGAAAAAGUCAAAUAAUGACAAUCAGGCAAAAUGUUUGUCGUCUGCAUCCUUUCACGUGUCAACACCCCAGCCAAAUUUGAUUUUUGACAACAGUU